AUGGCAGAUGAUACAAGUGACGUGAAAGCUACAAUGGACACAAGUCUUGAUACGACCGAGACUACCCCUGCGAAGCAGUCGGUACACUCUUUCAAGAAGAAGUAUGCGAAGCUGAAAAUGAAGUUCACCAAGCAAGAGUUGGAAAGUGAGGCUCUGAUUCGCGAAGAGCUCCGUAUUGAAGAUCUCUCGAAGCGCAUCCAAGAACAAAAUGAUCAACUGCUUGAGAUUCUUCUCGAAUUCAACGAAAGUCUCCAUUUACCUCCGUCAUUGCGUUACGAUUUGAGCAUGCCAGAAGACACUCCCUUUCUCCCUCCCUCCGAACAAGAGAUCGCCCCCUUGGUCGAUGACGCCAAGCUUGCCAGAACUGCGCUGAAAGAAGCCAGAUCGGAACUAGCCAAUGGUACCCUCUCCGCCAGCGCAUACCGCCAAGUCGAAGAGAGUGUGAAGAAAAACAAAGAGUUUGCUCCUGCUCUACAAUAUCGCAAAUUGAUUCAGAUUCCCCACACCGCCGCUAGUGCUCCAGAGCAGGAACAGGGGUCAAAUGGUGUCAGGCGGACACUUGGAUAUCUGACACCUGAGCGUGAGACCGAGUGCUACCUAGCUUUGGACGCCAAACUAGGAGACGAGACAGCUAUCGCGCAACUUGCCCGCAUCCCAGAACCUCCUACAUUGGCAGAGCGAGAGCGCGAGGCGAUGUCGCGCAAUCCCGCCUCGGUCUUCAAUUGGCUACGACGCAACCAACCCCAGGCUCUGCAGGAACAUGAGGUGGCUUCGGAGAAAUCCACAUCACGCCCUUCCAACGUGCGCUCCUCCAAGCGGGCGCUCGCACAGCGCAAAGACGAGGAGCUUUACGACGAAGAUGGGACAGAAAUAGAGCCUACGCCGAAGAACAAACGUAAGCGCGAAGACGAUGCUGGAUAUCGUCCCAAGGGGGGCAAUAGUCGCUCGAAGAAGAAAAAGGAUGAGUCAGGCACUACACGCAGCGCCAAAAAGGCAUGA